AUGCCGAAGCUGAAACGUUACGAGGCGAAAGAGGACGCAGUCGCGUUCGUUUGUCGCUUCAGACAAACUAUGAGCCUUCAUAACUUUUUCGGUGCUCUCAUGUGCAAGAUCUUCCCACUCACAUUGAGCGAACCAAUCAUGUUAUGGUAUCAUCAAUUGAAACCCAAGUCUAUCACUUGCUUCAACGAGCUGGAGUUGGAGUUUAGUAAACGCUUUGUAAUCAGCAACAUUCAACCGAAGACAUUAUCUAUGCUGGUGAACAUGCGAAGAACGGAAGGAGAAACCCUACGGCUUUAUACCGAGCGCUAUUGGGAGGUUUAUAAUCUUAUCCCAGAUUGUGAUCAAGGAGUUGCGGCUGAGUUGUUCAUGAACGGACUAGAUCCAGCCUCGGCGAUGUUUCGUGACCUUUCUCGUAACCCACCUAAGACAAUGGGAGAGCUCAUGACCAUAAUGGAGAAGGAUUGUGUUCACGAAGAGGCCAUGGCCGAGCGACAUGCACCAAAGGCUCCUGAACCUGCCAAAGCAACAGCUGGGCCGAAGAAGCAAGUAGUGAAUGUUCGCCGGGGGCAAGGAGGCAGUUCAAGCCAAAUGACCAACAAGCCGACCAACAAGGGUCGACCUCCGCAGCACCUCAGCCACAGUCAUGGCAACAAACGAAGAGAGAACCAUGGCCAGACGAGCACCGUCGGGAGCGGACCAGGGAUGUGUACAUAUCACAAGGAGCGCGGCCACUACACAACACAAUGCCAACCUUUCAAACGGUAUCUAGAAGAGCUCGCAGCAGCUGGGCAUCUAAAUCAGUGGAUUGACGUUCGGCGAAGUUCACUUCCUCCGCCUCCACCGAUCAUUGGCAAUCUCAUAAGCGUUAUACAAGGACUGGUUUCUGAAGAAAGGGCAGCCGAGCUUCGUUCAGAAAUUGACAGAGCCAUCACCUCUUUACCCGUUUGCAACGUCGGUAUUUCGGGAAAGCGACAACGGGAAGAUUCGAGCCUCGGCAACCCUAUUACUUUUACGUCUGACAACUUGAAAGGUGUGCAACUCCCUCAUACGGACGCCCUCGUUGUUACUGUUACUAUUGAUAGGUCAACCGUUCAGCGGGUGUUGAUAAACCAAGGAAGGUCGACGGACGUAAUGUUUUAUUCAACAUUUCAGAGCCUCGGAUUAUCUCCCGCUCAACUUCGGACAGCAUCCACUCCUCUCGUUAGUUUUACUAGGGCCCCAGUUUGGCCACUCGGCUUAAUCUCUCUCCAUGUGCGGGCUGCAUCACGGGCUCUUGACAUCGAGUUUGUGGUGGUCGCUUCUCCCAGCCCAUACAACGUAAUACUCGACCGAACCUGGCUGCACGAGAUGAAGGCAGUCGCUUCUACCUUUCACCAGGUGGUAAAAUUUGUUGGAUGGAAUGGUCGUCAGGAAAGCCUCUGA